AUGCAUCGAAACAACCCUGCUACGGAUAUCCCUCUGCCCAUCACCUACACACCUACCACGCACCGUAUCAGCAAAGCUAAGAAGGGCAAGCGUGUACAUGCCUGUGAACACCCCGGAUGCAACAAAGUAUUUACAAGAGCAGAACAUAGAAGACGCCAUGAAUUGAACCACAAGCCCGAAGCCCUGUACCGAUGUCCCCACCAGGGCUGUAAGAAAACAUUUCAUCGUGCAGACUUGCUCACCAGACAUAUGGCACGACAUGAGCUCGAGGCACAGAUGGAAAACACCACGCAAUGGGAGAGACAGACUCAUAUCCCCAUGGUAUCGUCGCCCCUUCAGGCAUCCAAAUGUGCCCAGGUGGACCCCUCCAUGACCACCUAUCUGGGCGCAACACAUCCCCAAGACUCCAUGUCUAUCGGAGCCCUCGUGGGCUCGCCUAUCCACCCAGACCUCGCAAAUGACUGCGGUCUCAUGUGGAAUCCAAUGGACAUGGCCUCAAAUCCCCAUGUGCCAAUGUUCAACAGCCACCACGUCUACGAGUCCGUCGAGGACACUCGCUUCUAUGCCACACCUGAAACCUGUCCGUCACCCGCGUCGGACGGCGCGGGGCUGUCCUUACCCGGCCAGAGUCGCUCGUCGCUCUCCUCAACCCCCGCUACAAUGAUCGACUCAUACCCGAGCAGUAUUGUGGAGUCUGAUCUGACAUCGUCGCCGGUAUCAAUGCAUUCCCACCUGCAUGGCUGGGAUCCGGCAGAGGGUCAUCUCACCGCCAUGGUACCGAUCACCCUGCACGAGAGUCUGAUGCAAGCACCGAUCGCCUGUCAAUACCCCUCUCCUACGUGGACGCCGAUACACCAUGUCACAUAUGAUGAACAGCAUCAUCUGCCUACCGUACCGUUUCAGCCGAUACCCUGGAGGUCAUGGACAUUGUGA